AUGGCUCCCACCCCCCUCAGCGUGGUCGAUGCCGACCUCAAAGACGUCAUCCAGCACCUGUUCGAAAUCCAAUCCGCAGUGCACGGCUACCUAGGCCCGGAGACUCAACAAGAGCUUGUUCGCAAGAUCAAAAACCUCACCAUCGCUCUAUCGACCUUGAGCACCCACACCGCCGACACCCACCACGCCGAUACCAUCCCCUCCAACAGCAAUGCGAACGAUCCCCCGGUGCACAGCAUCCAACUCCCCCCCGAAAUCAUCGAUUAUGUGGACGCAUCGCGAAAUCCGGACAUCUACACGCGUGAAUUCGUCGAGUUGAUCCAGCGGGGCAAUCAGGAUCUGCGGGGGAAGAAAGAAGCUUUUGCCAGUUUCCGGGAUGUGUUGGCCAGGGAGAUGAAGGGAGCGAUGCCGGAGGUGAGGGGGGAAGUGGACCGGGUGUUGGUUGCUACGGGGGCAGGUGAAGCGAAUAGAGAGGGGGGGCGUAGCUGA